AUGGCGCACACUCCAAAUGGGGCAUCGAAUUCGAAUCAAUAUACUAUCACGGCUAUGAAUCGCUGGUCUGUUGCGGAUAAACAAUUGCCUUCGGUUGAUAAAAUUAAGGCUCUUCAUGUUUAUGACUUUGAUAAUACUCUAUUCAACAGUCCUCUUCCCAAUCCGAAAUUAUGGAAUGGCCCAACUAUAGGUUUUCUACAGACUCAAGAUACAUUUGCAACUGGAGGUUGGUGGCACGACUCGAGAAUUCUUGCAGCUACCGGUGAAGGUGUUGAGAAAGAAGAACCUCGAGCUUGGGAAGGUUGGUGGAAUGAGCGAAUUGUUGAACUCAUUGAGUUGAGUAUGCAGCAGAAAGAUGCUCUUUCAAUUCUUUUGACUGGUCGAUCCGAGGCUGGAUUUUCAGAGUUACUGAAAAAAAUGAUUGCUAGCAGAGGUCUCGAUGUGGAUAUGGUUGUCUUAAAACCAGCAGCAGGUCCCAAAAAUGAGAAGUUCGGUAGUACGAUGAACUUCAAGCAAUGUUUCUUGGAAACUUUAAUGGAGACAUACAAAGGUGCUGAGGAAAUCAAAAUCUACGAGGACAGGGUUAGACAUGUCAAGGCAUUCAGGGAUUUCUUUACAGAUUACAACAAACGUCAAAAUGGCUCUGGUGGUAUUCCAACCCGAUCUGCUAUUACCGCUGAAGUAAUUCAAGUUGCGGAUGGUGCCACGUUACUUGAUCCUGUUAUGGAAGCUGCAGAGGUACAACGUUUGAUCAAUGAUCACAAUGCUGCUAUCAAUGCAGGGAAAAUUGGGGAGAGACUUCAGAUUAAGAAGACUGUUUUCUAUACUGGAUAUUUGAUCAAUAACACUGACACUCAGAAGCUGCUGACUUUAGCUCAGCUUCCUUCAAAUAUGCCAGAUACUGAAGCCAAAUUUUUAGCGAACAAUGUUCUCAUUACUCCCCGACCAUGUCCAGAAAGUAUCUUGCAAAAGGUUGGUGGAAUGGGUAGUAAGACUACCUGGGAAGUCACAGGAACAGCUGUCUUUGAGAACAAGAUUUGGGCCGCUCGUGUUCGACCUGUGCCAGAGUCAAAGAAAUUCUAUACCGAAAAUCCUCUUCCUGUUGUCGUUCUCGCAGUACGCAAAGGAGCACGACCAAUUGAUGCAGGUAAGAUUCAAAAUUGGCAGCCUGUUCCGCCAGAGAAGGCAUUUGUCUUUGAGAGUACUGUUGGUGAGAAAGUCCUUCUUAGGAUAGAGAGGGAAGACCUUUCAGAGAACGAGUAUGAGAGUUUGUUCCCCAAUAAAUCAUUCAAGCGCAAACAUUCCCCUGAGCCUAGGCAGCCAAGUGGAUCAUAUGGUGGUCACAAUCCCGCACCGAGUAAAAGAGGUCAAGAAAAUAAUUAUGGUGGUCGUGGUGGUCGAGUCAAUCACCGUGGAAAUGGACCACAACGUGGUGGUUAUGGUCGUAACAAUCGCGGGGGUAAUAAUAAUGGAGGAGGAGGAGGAGGAGGAGGUGGAGGUGGCAAAGGAAAAGGUCGCGGAUAUGGUUAUCGAUCUUUGGAUGAUGUCAAUGAACGAAGCUCAAACAAUACACCACCAGUCUAUAAUCCAGCAGUCGCAUACGAAGAUUUCCCGCCGCUGCAGAAAAAUUAUCAAACUCCACAGCAAUUGGUACAAGCUCAAUUCCAACAAUAUCAGGCGCAACUUCAGAAGAGUAAUGGUAAUGGUAAUGGUGGAAAGAGUGGUGGAAAUGGAAAUGGAAGUGGGAAUGGUGAAUUACAGUACUUUUAG